AUGGAGGCGCCCACAGAGCCGAUCAACAUCGACCUGGCGCGGACGCAGCACAAUGCAUACGUGGCGUUACUCCGAGAGCUGGUGCCCACCGUCAUCGAGCUGGACGCCGAGGAGUCGCUCCCUGACUGCCCCUUCAUCGAGGAUACGGUGGUCGUAACGCACUCUGGCGCAGCGGUCGUCGCGCGGCCUGGCGCCCCAGAGCGGCUGGGCGAGGUCAAGGCCGUGGCGGCAGUCCUGCGGCGGCUGGCAUCUGAGGGUGGCCCCAACGGUAGCAGCAGGGGUAGUGGCGACAUUGACGGCAAACGGCCCAUAAUCAAGUCGAUUCACGAAAUCAUCCAGCCGGGCGUCCUGGACGGCGGUGACGUCCUGCAGGUCGCAGGCCACCUGCUCGUAGGCCUCUCCGCCCGCACCAACGCGGCGGCCGUCGACCACAUGCGCGCCGCGCUCUCCGCUGUCAGGGACAGCACUGCUGUAGUGGCGCUGCCCGUGCCCCACGGCCUGCACCUGAAAUCCGCCUGCUCCGCGGUAGACAGCGAGACGCUGCUGCUCGCGGACAACGCGGCGGGCCAUGCGGUUGAGGCGGCGCUGCGAGAGCGCGCGCCUGCGCUGGCGGAGGGGCUGAGGAUGGUGUACGUUUGUGAUGCGCUGGCGUCCAACGUGCUGAGGAUAGGCGGCGCUGUGGUCGCGCAGGGCAGCGAGACCGCGCUGGGCGCGCUGCGCACGCUGUGCGACGAGAGGGGGCUCGUGCUGCGGACGCUGCCGCGGCUGACGGAAUUUGAAAAGGCUGACGGAGCCCUGACCUGCCUGAGCGUCCUGCUGCCGUGA